ACUUUCCAUCAAUCAUCAUCAUUAUGAAACGAAUACCCACUAUCCUUCGUCAUAAUCUUGUCACCACAGACAUGGAUAGAUAGAUGGAUAGAUAGAGAGAGAGAAACAGAGAAAUAGAUAUCUAGAUAGAGAGAGAAACAGAGGAGAGAGAGAGAUGGGCGGCAGCGGUGGUGGUGAGAAGAAGGUGGAGGUGGUUGAGAGCAAGGAAUGGUAUUUAGCUGCCUAUGCACCAGAAGGUGUUCCGACGUCUGAUCAUCUCAAACUUCGCACCGUAACCUUAUCACUCGCCGUUGAUUCAAUCCCUGAUGGACACGUGGCUGUUCAGCUACUCUGGACUUCCACCGAACCAUACCUCCGGACCAUAAUGACCGGCGUCGAGGAAGGAGGACUCUACUUUCCCCAAAUUCCCCUCAACAAGGUGAUCACAACAUUUGGGGUAGGAAGAGUGAUUGUGUCCAAAGACGGUAAAUUUAGUGAGGGUGAGAUCGUGGUCAAUCCCUUCUUUCCAGUUGCUGAAUAUAGUGUGGUAGCAUCUCAUUUCCUUAGAAAAACUGAUCCAACUGCUGGGAUUCCACUGCCUGAGUACCUUAGUUCUCUUGGACUACCUGGGUUUUCUGCAUGGGUUGGGAUAGAAGUACUAGGGAAGCCAAAACCGGGUUCGAAUGUAUUUAUAUCAGCGUGCGCUGGAGCCGUCGGGAUGAUCGCCGGACAGUUGGCUAAACUUAAAGGCUGCCGAGUCAUCGGAAGCACCGGAUCAGAUAACAAGGUUAAGCUAUCAAAGGAGAAAUUCGGAUAUGAUGAUGCAUUCAACUACAACAAAGAAACUGAUUUCGAUGCUGCUUUGAGCAAGUACUGCCCUAAUGGCAUUGAUAUUUACCUCGACAACGUUGGAGGUAAGAUGCUUGAGGCUGUCCUUAACCAUGUCAAUAAGGGUGCUCAUAUUCCAGUCUGUGGGAUGAUAUCUCAAUAUAACAAGACUUGGACAGAGAGAGAAGGGGUGAGGAACCUACUCAAUAUAGUUGGUAAAGAAGUAAAGAUCGAAGGGUUUUUGGUGGGUACAUAUAUGAAUCGCAUGGGGGAGUUCAUGAAAGAGAUGGAGGGCUACAUAAAAGAAAAAAAGAUUAGUUCGGAACACAAAAUUUAUAAUGGGAUCGAGAGCUUCUUGGAGGGCUUUGCAUCCAUCUUCUCUACCUCUAAUGUUGGUAAAGUUAUAAUUCAAGUUGCUGCAUAGAGUGCUGAAGGUCACUCCACUCUUAUCGUUCAGGUUCCUAAUUAAUCGGUACUUCUGUGUUGCUGUUUAUUUUGUUCAUGGAAUUGGCUUUAGCACCUUGCAAAUGCUUCUUAUAAACUACUUUUACAUAUUAUUAUUGAAUAAUUAAUGCAGUCUGCAUUUGUAUGUUCUUACCAAAAAAUUGAUAUUGUUGCAAAAACCUACAUGUUACAUAUAGUUUUGUUCCCCCUUUUUAUUAGGGUGAAACCUA